AUGCCAACUCAAGAGAGAAAUGUUGUUAAAUCUUUUUCUGUUGAAAAAGAAAAAUCAUUGAUAGCACGGAAAUUACCAGAUGAUGAUAUUGAAUAUUUGGAUCCAAUCUGGUUGUAUGAUACAAAUAAAGGUAAACCAUAUUUUCGUUCUAUAGAAGAACAACCAUGGUUUCAUGGAUAUAGAGCAAAAUGUGAAUUACAACUAUUAUUAAAACAAGAAGGUGAUUGGCUUGUUAGUAUUCCAGAACCCACUCAAAUACAUAUACCUGUUAUUACAAUUCGUGUUACUAAAAAAGUUAUAGCAAAAUUUACAUUAACCUCAAGUGAUGAAAAAUUUUGGUUUCUUCAAGCAUCUAAAAGAGAUAAAUGUUUAAGAUAUUUUUUAAAUCCUGUUGAUUUAAUUGAAUUUUUUACUAUGAGAACUUUACCACAUGGUUAUAGAAUGAAAAAUUUUAUUUAUAAACCAAAUUAUAUUAUUAAAAGUUGUCAAAUUCAAUAUAAUAGUGAUGAUGAUUUAAUUGAUCAAGGAACUUUUUCUUCUCUUUACACUGGUAUUUACCGUUUACAAAAUAAUAAAUGUAAAGAUAUUGCUAUUAAAAUAUCAAGAAAUUCUAAAAUUGAUGAAAAAAUUUAUACUGAAAAAUAUAAUGAGAUUGUUAAAGAAGUUAAGUCAUUAUCAUAUCUUAUUCAUACCAAUUUAGUAUUAUUUUAUGGAAUUAUUGAAAAAGAUCCUAAAAUUAGAAUACUAGAAUAUUGUGGUGGUGGUUCAUUAUCAAAACAUUUAAAAAAACAAAAAGGAAAAAUUAGUGUUCAGGAGGCAUUUCUUUAUUGUUAUGAAAUAUGUAGAGGAAUGGAAUAUUUACAUUCUAAAAAUAAUAUUCAUAAAAAUUUAAAAUCAAAAAAUGUAUUUAUAUCUAUUAAUGGAAGUUUAAAAGUUGGAGAUUUUGAAUUUAAUUGCCUUCCUUAUAGAAAUUUUACCAAAAUAUCUGCAUUUAUGGCUCCAGAACUUUUUCUAAAAGCUCCUAUAUACUCAACAAAAUCUGAUAUUUGGGCUAUGGCUGUUGUAAUAUAUGAAAUAUUUUCAAAUGGUGAAAUUCCUUUUGAAUCUGAAAAAGAAGAAGAAAUAAUAAAUAAAAUAACAAAUAAAAAUCUUUGGAAUAUGCCUCUAAAAGUACCAAAAACUUUAUUAGAUUAUACAGUUUUGAUGCUUAAUGAUAUACCAACUAAAAGACCAACAUUUAAAUGUUUAAAACAUUUUUUUAUGGAAAAUGUUUCUGUAUCAAAGAAUUUAUUUCCAAUUAAUAAAAUGACAUUAAAUAAAUUACCUGGAGUUAAUAGAAAUAAAUUUUAUAUGAAACAUUCUUAUAAAGAAACUUCUGAAGCUGGUAAAUCAUCUUCAAGUAGUGAUGAUUUAUUUAGAAAAGAUUUAUAA